AUCCUCGACACGGUGCUUCGUGCUUCGUUCGAGGGAGUGCGACGCAGGAUUUGAAGCGUCGGUGUCAGAUGUAGCAUCCUUAAUUUUACCGUCAUAUUUAACACAUUUUAGUGGUGUUAUGAUGUUCAAUCGCACGCCCGACACCAGAGCGAGAGACAGCCAGACAGGAAGGAUCCAAGAAAAUAUAACUAAUGUGGAAAAACAUUUCGGACAGAUGUGUCAACUGUUUGCUACAUAUGUCCGUAAAACUGCCAAGCUACGAGACGGGGCAGAUCUGCUGGUUAAAGAAAUCAACCUCUAUGCAGACACGGAAACAACAAACCUGAAGAGCGGAAUGAAACAGUUUGCCGACCACAUAGCCAAGAUUCAAGACUAUCGCCAUGCCCAGGUGGAACGACUUGAAUCUAAGGUCGUAGAGCCAUUAAAAGUCUACGGAUCUAUAGUGAAAUCUAAAAGGGAGGAUCUGAAGACAACUCAGAUUGCCAGAGACAGAGAGGCCAAACAGAUGGCUCAGCUGGAAAGGACCAAACGGAGAAACCCCUCAGACAGGCAAAUCAUCCAUCAGGCUGAAAGUGAGCUCCACAGAGCCACCACGGAUGCUGCACGCACCAGCAGGCAACUAAAAGAGACCAUAGAUGAUUUUGAGAAGCAGAAGAUUCAGGACAUCAAGAAGAUCUUUGGUGAUUUUGUGAAGGUGGAGAUGUGCUUCCAUACCAAAGCCUUAGAGUUGUACACGUUGGCCUACCAGAGCAUCCAGAGUGUGGAUGAGGAGAAGGACCUUGAGAUGUUCAGGAGCCUCCUGCGCCCCCCUGAAUAUGUGUCACGGUUAGAUACUGUGCAAGCUGAUUCCAAAGCCUCCCUUGUUCACACCGGGUCCUUCCUGGGAACGCUGGGGACUUCACAGCAACAAAAAGCUUACAGUUGGCAGACGAGAGGACAGGAGGAGGAAGAGGAGGAUGAAGAUGAAUCUGAAGAGGAGGAAGAUGACGAGGAAGUCGGUGAAGACACAGAUGACGAAAAAUAAAUUAUUUUACUGUCAGACCAUAAGUAUUUGAACGUUGAUGUUAUUUUGGUGAUAUUUUCCACUACAGUGGUGUUGAAAUGAAACAAAUAUGAUUGCAGACCAUUUAGGAAUGAUAGACAUUUUUACAUGUAGUCCCCCACAUUUUAUAGAACAUAAGUAAUUGGGCAAACUAAGGAUUAUUGUUAAUAACAAUGGGCAACACAGUGGUACAAGAGGCUGGUGUCCUUGCCUCCAAAACAGAACCCCUUUUCCAUGUAUGUGUAGAGGUGUGUCAAAUGAAGAUGCAGCAGGCAAAAGCUUCACUGUGUACAGUUUCUCAAAGCCACAAAAGCCUUUAACUCCAGAGUUGUCAUGAGUGUCUUGGUGGCUUCCCUCACAUUCAUGCUUUUUUUUUUAGAACUGCCCACUCCAGACAGAUUUACCAUACAGUAAUUUGUAUUUAUUGAGUGAGGUAAAUUAACUCCAAGACUUAUUCAAUGACUUGGAAAUUUUCACAUAUCCACCUCCUGACUUGUCAAAAAAAAAAAAAAAAAACUUACUGUAAAAUUGAAUCAGUCAUUCUGAUAUUUGUGUUGUUUGUUCACAUAUGGCCUCUGAAAAUGGAAGGACUGUGUAUCAAAAUGGUUGUAAUUUCUAAAUGGGUCAUGAUAUUUUUGUUAAACCCCCUAGAAUUCAUCUUAAUACUACAAACACGUCUGUAUUGUUUCAUUACAGCUCUGUUGUGGUGUUGUACAGAGGCAAAACUGCAAAGACGAUUACGCCACAAAUACUUAGGAAGCUGAAAGUACACUGCUUUUCGUCUUUGUGGAACAAAAGCAAAGCAUCAUCAGAGGAUAUAUUGGCUGUUUUAAAGGUUUGUUAAAAGAAA